AAACAUUUUUUAUCUAUGUCCUCUACUGCACAACAUAACCUCAAUUUUUCCAGGCAUGUCAAUAAAUAAAUUUUGAAGAAAUAUUUGUAGAGAAAUACUUUUCAGUGUGCAAAUCACAGGAUACUAAUGAAAUAGCUAAUGUGUCUUCUGGAACGCGCUUAUUUGUGGGUAACCUCCCAGAAAAUACAAAUGAAAAUGAAUUGCGAAGUGCUUUCUCGAAGUUAUGGCGAGAUAACUGGUGUAGAUUUAAAAAGUAAAUCAGGAUCUUCAGUGGAACAGAAAAAGUUUGCUUUUGUAACUAUUUCCUCUUCAAAUCUUAAUAUAGAAUCAUGUAUAAAACAUUUUUCAAACGAAGAUUUUAAGGGCGCAAGGUUGUAUGUGACACGAGCUCGUGAAAGUUUUCUGGAGCGCUUGCAAAGGGAAAGACAAGAAACCCAAAAAAAGGAGGAAAACAAGGAGAAAUUGGAAGAGUUGCCUAAAAAGAAUCCAAUAAUUAAAUUAAGUGACAAAUUAAAUCCUCGUAAAAGAAAAUCAGAUGUCAUUCAGUCAGAGACAAAUCAUGGUUCUAAAUUUAAUAAACCCUUACAUAAACAGAAAUAUGUUAAAUCUGAAUUUGAUAAUAGUACCGAGGUCGGCCAAGAAAUAUUAUCUGAAGGAGAUAAGAAAAAGAAAGAUUCUGAUAAAAAAAGAUUGGAGUCAAUGAAAAAGAAAAGACAGGAAUUUAAGGAGAAGCAAAUGAUCAUCAAAACUGGACUUACUAGUGUUGACAAAACACCAAACAAAAAAGUGAUAUUUUCGGAUAAUGAUGAUGAUAUCACACCAAUAAUGAAUGGUGAAGGUAAAAAAUCACAAAAGCAUAAUGCUAAAAAUACAUUAUUUGAUGACAAUGAUGAAAGUGAAGAUGAUGUGAACUUUGAAAUUAAGCAACAAUUUGAAGGCAAAAAGGGGCAAAAGGUUUUAGAUUUGCAAUCAAGAUAUAAAUCUGAUAAACGUUUCAUCUUAGAUGAAAGGUUCAUUGAUGGAGACCAAUCAGAAACAGAAGAACAAAAGGAAGAAGAAAAUGAAGAAAUUGAAUUAGAACAGGUUGAUGAAAAGAAGAAACAACUUAAUAUUUUACAAGAUGUUCUUGGUGUAGCUAUAAAAACAAAAAUUCGAGAUCAAGACAAUGCAAAGUCUAAGACCAAAAUAGGAAUGUUGCGGUUUGAUCCUCUGCAGCCAGAUCAUGCAAAAUUUUUAAUGCCAUUGGAAGAAAAAAAGCAGGAAAUUAAAAAGAGUAAAAAGAAAAACAAAGAUAAAAAAGAUGAAGUUGAAGAGCAAAGUCAAGAAUUUGUUGAAGAGAAAGUUGAAGUAUCAAAAGAACAGUUUUACAAAGUUAGUGAGACAUUAAAAGAAGCCAUAGCGCAGCCAACAUCAUUUAGUCUAAGGAGUUUAUUUACCAGGAAUGAAGAUGAUGAUAAUGCUCCUCAAGACCAAGAAAUGAAUUAUAUACCUUUGGAAAAACCUAGCAAACCUAAAGUAAAGAAUCCUCUUGACCCUGGAGAGAAGAAUCCAUUUGUGUAUGAUUCAUCUGACUCUGAAGCUGAGGAAGAAAAAGAAGUGAAAAUAAAUCCAGCAACACCUCAGCCUGAACCUAAAGCUGUAUGGAAGGAAAACUUAUUCUUCUCCAGUGAUGACACUAGAUUAAAAGAAGCAUUAAUAUUCUUUAAUAAACCUAUCGAAACAGAUGUACAGAAGGAAAGAAGAGAACUGAAAUCACUGAUGAAAAAACGCAUUUACAACAAAGAAAGAAAAAGUCAAAUGUUCCAAAAGAAAAUAGGUGGGAGAAAAAAAACUAUGAAAAAGAGUUACAAUAAAAAUAAAAGCAAACAUAGUUGAGAGUAUUAUGUAAUUAAAAGAAUUUUG